CCUUGCUUGGUGUUCCGUUUGAGUGUCAUAUGUCACAAGAAAUAUUUAGUUUUCCUUUACUAUGAAUUUAAUAAUUUUGUGAAUUUGUAUUAGAAUUUACUACGAAAACAAUAAGAUUUAUAUAAUUUUCUUUUUCUGUGAUUUUGAUCGCCUUGGCUCAUAAUAUAUAUAAGGUACCUUAUUGAUACAACUGAUACAAAAUUACAAGAGUACAUAGGUUGUGUUUAUUCGAUUUAAAGUAUUUUAUUUUAUUAAUUUCGUAAAAUUGUUAUGUUUUGUUAUAAAAUUCUGAUUUGAACCACAUUAAACGUGUAUGGAAUGUGAAGAAAAUGGCGGGAAAUGUUGGUCACCGGCGUGUAGGGUCAAACGGAAGCGACGAACUGAUGAUGCGAGGGACCUGCAUAUGCCUGACACCCAUCCAAUGCCUGGGACGUCUUCUUCUCAGUCAAUGCACAACAAAGAUUUUCAGCCACGUAAAUUCAUUCAAACCGACAUUAUCUUUAACCUGCCUACGAGAGAUCCCUUUAUGAACAAUAUGGAUGAGAUUUCUUAUUGGGUUUAUACAAAACGAGCUCCAUGCCUCUACGACUAUGAUAAACUUAUGAAGAAACAAACUUCAGAGGCUCACAGUUCGAGAGAUUAUGCACUUCCAGUUGAAAAUGAAGUUUCACCACCUAAAAAGAAAAAGAAAAACCUACUAGAUAAUAAUUCAUACUUAUCUGAGAAACAGCAGAAUGUUUACUUUGAAACUCCUCAGCAAAACCUAAAGAGAGUUGUUAAUAACUGUAAAUCAAUUUCAUCAGGCAGUGGUAUUGAAGUUAAUAUAAAAAAUACUUCAACACCAAAACCAAAAAAGCCAAGAAUUAAUAAAAUUAAUAAAAAUAGCUUAACUAGAAGAAAUAAAACUGCAAGACCUACACCUAAGGUGGAAUCCCCAUCUCAACAACAAAACUUAAGAAGGAGUUUGCGUCUUCAACAAAGUAUGAAUACUACUGGAAUCUUUGAUUCUUCUGUAGAAAUUGUAAAUGAAAGUGCUAUUAAUGGCAUUAGAAGUCAAGAAAUGAUACAAGCUAAACAAGGUGAAGAUAGUAUGAAAAUAUUAGAUAGUGACCUGAGUAGAAGUAAAAAAGAAAUAAUAAAAAGGAAAUCAAAAAAUGAAGUAUGUAAUGGUGAAUAUGAAGACUACAGUGAUGUAUCAGGCUUCACAGCAAACUAUAUUCGUUCCACUAAACUUAAAAAAACACCUAGAAAGGUUAGAAGAAGGACUAACAAGAUUACUAUACAAGGUUCUGGACAAAAUGUAGAUGACGGCAACAAGGUAAUUGUUUGUGUAAACAAGUCGAUGAACACAGGUGAGGAAGCAUCUGCUGUUUUGAAUAACAGUACAGACUCAUCUCAAAAUGUAAUCAAUCUAAUCACAGUUUCCAAUAAAGAAAAAUCUAAAAGGAUAAACCAAAGCACAUCUUUGCUUAAAUUUGUAAAUUCAACUGAUGAAAAACACAUCUCAAAAAAUAAUAAUGGUCACUUGGCAAAUGAAUCCUUUCAAUCAGGCAGCAGUGCUACAUCACGUUAUCCUAGACGGGUUAAAAAUACACAAAAUAAAAGAAAACCACCUCAAAAAAAGAACGAUAGAAAAGAGAAUUCACCAGAAAGAUUUGUAUACAGAACUAGGAGUCGUAAAAGGCUUAUUGAAAACACAUGUGAACAAAUAAACUCAAACGAGGAAAGCUCUAGUCCAGUAAUAAAUGUUGGGAGCCCUGUAUGUGUAAAGAAGAAUAUUAGAAAUACUGAUGCACCGCAACAGAAGUGUAUCACAAGUAUUAAAAAACAAUCAUUGAAAAAGGAUUCAUUAAGGGACAAAAGUGGUUUUGCUACUUGUUUUUCAGAUAGUGAUAGUGAUGUGGAGCCUAAGCAGAGAAAAUUUUUUUGUUAAGAACAUGCAUUGUAACUGACUUAUAAAGUUACAUUCUUGCUACUGAGUAUAGGUUAUUAGUUGGUUUAAAUUAAAUUGUCCACCAGUGUUGAGCAAAUGCUGUUUGUAUAUUUUAGCUUGAUGAAAUUGUAAUGUAUCAAAUAUACUUACUAGUAGAUAUGUAGCCUGCAAUUUGCUGAAUAAAUUGUAAUAGAUCAUGGCAUAUGGAAUUGGUCAGUGCCUAUAAAAAGCACAUUUUAUCUAAUAUUUAUAGAUUUUAGUGAUAUAAAACACUCAAAUACGUAAGAGUGAAUUAGUAGUAAUAUGCAAUAUAUAGAGUAAUUUUAUACAUCAUUUAAAAUUUGGAACACAAUGUUAAUACAUCACAACUUUUAUAGGCUUAUCUAAAUAGAUGUUGACUUUCAUAAAAUACAUAAUAUAUUUUAAAAGUAUACCAUUUUUUAUAGUUUUAAACAAUAAUUAUUUAUAAUAUGGUCAGGUCAGCACCCAUUUUUAAUUGUUUUUUAAAGUAAAAGGUAUAUUUUUCUGCGGUGAUAAUAAUUUUGCAUUUGAAUUACUCAGAGAAACAAAUGUAUGUUAUGUUAUAAUUUUGACCAUAAAAUUGUAUUAUUAGUGCCAUUUUUAGAAAGUAAAUAUGAUGUAAAUUUAAUUAAAUCCAUGACAGGCAUAAUUCUUUUAGGUUAAUUUUAUUUUAAUAAUAUUCUUCAGAUUGAUUACAAUUGAUUUGAUUAUAUUUUGUAUUAUAAUAUAUUAUUAUGUGCUUGA